GCUGAGCCCAGGAUAAAAGAACCUGCUCCAGGCUGCUCCACUGCCUCGUGGAUCCCUGAGGACAGAGCAGCCGGGAGAGCCGCAGUUUACCUUCAACUUUGGAAAAAUGUCCUAUCAACAGCAGCAACAAUGCAAAGUCCCCUGCCAGCCUCCUCCCCAGGUCCCAGAGCCCUGUCCUCCCAAGGUCCCAGAGCCCUGUCCUCCCAAAGUCCCUGAGCCUUGUCCUCCACCCUGCAGCCAGCAGAAGUGCCCCCCUGUCCAGUGCCCUCCAUGCCAGCAGGACUAUCCACCAAAGUGGAAGUAGCCUCAGGGGCCAGCCCUCUCUCACCUGGACAUGCAGACACUGCCCACUGCCCACCUCCUCCAGCUUAUUUCCAGCAACUACAAGGAUCACCCUAGAAGAAGCUUCCAGUUCAGAACCAAGAAGAAAGUCAACUGGCUUUUCCUCCCCAAAUCUAUGCCUCCUUCCACCUCCUCUUCCAGGAGGCUGCAGGGUUUAGACAGGAGGGUCACCUUCUCAGACCUUUGACCCGUGGUUCAAAUAUGCCAUUAUGUUCAGCUGCGACCUCCUCCACCACCCAGCCUCCUACUAAUCAUGUGGAUCACUGUGAGAACUCAGAACUUGCUCCUCUCUCUACCUCCUCGGGAUGCAACAACUUCAUCAAGGUUUCCUGGAGCAAGCACGACUUAAAAAAUGAACACAAGAAACUGUUUAAAUCAAUGGGAAAAACGCCUAGAGCCUUACACCCCAGCUCACACCCUGUGGUGAAGUCAAUGACGUCUUCUGGUUCUGUUUCCUACUAAUAAUCUCCAAAACCCUGACGCAGCUCACCCCUUUCUUUGAACUCUGAACCUGGAAUAUUCUGAGACCUAUAAAGUUUCUUCUUCUCUGAUUCCCAAAUUAAAAAAAUAAA